AUGUCAUUAUCAAACGACAAAAAUGAACUCGUUUUAAUUGAUUCUGAUUCAGAUAAUAAUAAUAAUAAUAACAAUAAUAAUAAUAAGAAGAAUAAUAAUAAUAAUGACAACGAACUACCAAAUAAACGAAUUAAACUAGAUAAUAGUUCUCAACAAUUAUCAAUUACUCCAUUUAAAGAAGUAUCAUCAGAGGAAGACAAUGCUAGUAAUGACUAUGAAUCACUGAGUGAUCUGGAAAAAGAAGCUAAUACCACCACCCAAUUAGAUUCAGAAAAUGGUUUAUCUAUGCCCUCCUUUAGAAUAUUACCACAUAAUCAUAAUAUAAGUCAACAAGAUGAUAGUGAUAUUAGUUCCUCAGAGUCUGAUUUAGAACCAACUAUGUUAUUAGAUGAUAUACCACCCGACGUUAUUAUUAAAACCCGAAAACAGUUGAAAAAGUUAGGGAGUGUUGGUUUUUUAGAAGCUUAUUUACCUACUGCUGCAUCAGUUGAAGAUAUAAUUAAAUUAAUAUUGAAAUUGGGAUAUGUUCCUAGAAAUUUACCAGAUGGUGAUUCAGACAUACUUGAAUUUAUUAAAAUUUUAAAUCAAGCCAUGAUAAAAGUACUUAAAACUAGAGAACAAAGAGAAGAUGUAACUACAAUUGAAGAUGUUUUGAAAUUAUUACAAACUUCGGAGAAAAUAUUAGUUAUCACCGGUGCUGGUAUUUCUACAAGUUUAGGUAUACCUGAUUUUCGCUCGUCUCAGGGUUUUUAUUCAAUGGUUCAACAUUUAGGUUUAAGUGAUCCACAAGAAGUAUUUGAUUUAGAAAUAUUUCAUACUGAUCCUAGUUUAUUUUAUUCAAUUGCUCAUAUGAUAUUACCGCCAGAACCUAUGUUUAGUCCAUUACAUUCGUUUAUAAAAUUAUUACAAGAUAAAAAUAAAUUGUUACGAAAUUAUACUCAAAAUAUAGAUAAUCUUGAAAGUUAUGCUGGAAUAAAUAAAGAUAAGUUAAUUCAAUGUCAUGGAUCAUUUGCAACGGCAAGUUGUAUAACAUGUAAGAAUCAAAUUGAAGGAGAAAGUAUAUUUCAGGAAAUACGAGAUAAACAAAUUCUAUAUUGUCCGGACUGUACAAAAAGAAAAGAAGCAAUAUUAAAAAAGAAUGAAGAUGCAUUUUUCGAUGAAAGUUAUGGGGUUUAUAAACCUGAUAUUACAUUUUUUGGAGAACCACUUCCGAAAACAUUUCAUGAUCAUAUAAGAGAAGAUUUAUUCAAUUGUGAUUUAUUAAUAAGUAUUGGAACAUCAUUAAAAGUGGCACCUGUAGCAGAUAUAGUUGAGAAAGUGCCUGAAAAUGUCCCUCAAAUAUUAAUAAAUCGUGAUCCAAUUAAUCAUUGUAAUUUUGAUGUUAGUUUAUUAGGUUAUUGUGAUGAUGUAGCAAGUUAUAUACUGAAUAAAUUGGGAAAUGAAUGGAAUUUACCACAUGAGAAAUAUAAUGAUAUAAGAGGUGAUAAUGGUGAUAAUUUAUCAAUUGAAAUAGUUAAUGAAUCAUUACGACAAUAUAAAAUUACAAAUAAAUUAACACAACAUGUUGAUCCAGAAGAAGUCAUAGAACAUGAACUAAUGGAAAAUAAUUCAACAAUUGAACAUACUCCAUUAGGAGAAGCAUUACCGCCUAGUUCAAUUAAAGAUAACACACCAAAACCAGUCGUAUAA